GUGGGCUGGCAGCUGAAGAACCUGGUCAACGCUCUGAGAGAAGACCCGUGUGGAGUCAUUCUAACGCUGAAGAAAAGGCCCCAGAACACCCUGAGCUCCACGCCGGCUCUGCUCAGGAACGUGCGCUGGAAACCACUGGGCCUGCAGCCGGUCCCCACCAGCCCCACCAGCACCUCCCCGACACCCGUUGGAACUCUAGGCAUGUCCAAAAUGGACGCUCCCAGCAUGCAGGACGUCUACAUCCUCUCCCCCGUCUCUGGACUCUACAGCACCAGGGAUGAGAUGGGCUUGAUGUCCUGCGACGAGAUCAACCGCUACAGCGUUAGCUCCCAGUCCGGCUCCAAAGGUUCGGAGGCCGUCAGCUACUACCUGGACCAGGACAGUGGUCAGUACUUCUCCCUGCUGGAAGGAGACGGACCCCCGGGUUCUGACUAUGACAGGACCCGCAAUACGGGGGUUCGUAGGCGGGACAAGACCCCAACCCAUGGUGACCUCAGACCCGUUUCCAUGCCUCCCGAAUAUAACUGGAUGGCCGAACCCAAGGAACCCAGCAUGGGCAAGAGAGGGAGCCGAGAUUCAGACAACUCCCUGCUGCGUUACCUCAGCGACGACAAGAUCCUGGUGAUCGAGGAGGAGCCCGAGGGUCCGGGCAGAGAGAGUCGGAGGGAUUCCACCAGACGGUCUCGGCGCAAGAGCCGCAAUCCCAGCAGCCCUAGCUUUCCCAUCAGCCCCUCCAUGCUGUCCUCCACCCUGCGCCUAGACCAGCCACCCGAAGCUUUGCCCCGGGGUGCGGACACACUGCGAGCGGACACAAUAGACCGGUACUCCGGCUCAGGGAGCUCAGGAGCCGCCUCCAUGAGGAAGUCUUUCCAUUACACCUCUCUAAGAACGAAAACCAAAAAGAGAAGUAAAGGUUCCCUCUCUAGUGCCAGUAGAAGGAGAAUUUCCUGUAAGGACCUUGGCCACGGUGACUGCGAGGGCUGGCUAUGGAAGAAGAAGGACGCUAAAGGUUACUUUACCCAGAAGUGGAGGAAGUACUGGUUUAUCCUCAAGGAGUCCUGCCUCUACUGGUACACCAACCAAAAUGAUGAGAAGGCUGAGGGCUUCAUCAGCCUCCCUGAGUUCAGAAUAGACCGAGCCAUAGAGUGCAGACGGAAAUUUGCCUUCAAAGCCUGCCAUCCCAAAAUCAAGAGCUUCUUCUUCGCCACAGAUUGUCUUGAAGAAAUGAACAGGUGGAUGAACCGACUGGGGCUAGCUGCCAUCGGCUACACACCAGAUGACAAGGUGCCACGCCCAGAUGAAGACUACUGGAGUGAGAGCGAUCAAGACGAGGUUGAUGGCUCGAUGACGCUCAAACAGGAGGGACCCUCAUCCCUCUGUGACACAUAUCACCGCACGCCAUCAGUGAACUCCUCAAGCCCCUUCCCAGAGCCCAAGCACGGACGGCACUUCUCCAGCGAGUCAACGCACUCCCACUCCUCGGCCGAGGACCAGCGUGGAGAUGGUAUGGGCAUGGGCACCGGCAGCACCAGCACCCACUCAUCAGGAUGCCGCUCCACCCACCGUGAGAGGCGCUCCUGGCAGGACCUCAUCGAGACCCCUCUUACCAGCUCAGGGCUGCACUUCCUCCAGACGGCCCCGGGGGAGAAUGAUUACGGGGGCCUGAUGGGGAGCAUGGCAGGAGAUAUGGGACUGUACGGAGGGCUGGGCAGACAUGGCAUGUCCCCCGAGAGACGCAGACAGGCCACGCUGCCCGUACGGAGACACCACGCCGCAGAGAGGGACAGGGAGCGGGACGGGCCCUUCCCUCUGGAGCGAGGGCCACACACACACAGCCACACACACCGACGCUCUCACAAGCAGCGCAGCCAGAGUCUGCCCAGGAACAGAGACCCCAUGCCAGCUAAGCUGUUGCACACCCCGGCUCACAUGGAGGAGAGGAGCGAGGACGAGGAGGCAGAGGAGCAGGCUGCAGAUAUACUCGAGGCUGAGAACGGUAAGGAAAUUACACAUAAUCUGUUUUAUACAAGGAGAGAAAACACUUGA